AUGGUUUACUAUGAUGAUAGUGUGCUCUUGACCAUUGCCUUGGCGAUGGGGACGCCAUUACGGGUUGACAUGAAUACUGCAAAUCUGGUACGAGGCCGUUUUACCAGAGUAUGCAUUGAAAUCGACUUAACCGUUCUGGUGGGAAAAUUCUACCUUAAUGGAAAAUGGUACAAUGUUGAAUAUGAGGGGCCGGGAAAGAAGAUAUCUAAUGAUAAAGAGAUAUGGGAUUCAAUUAUACAAUCAGUUAAUACUAUUGAUGCCAAAAUCCCACAGAGGCCCCACGCGCCUUCAAGGCCACCAAAGAUACCCAAGAAGAAUGACAAAAUGCACUCCUGCACUGAGCUUAAGAGCAAGCAGCCCAUCAUGGGCCAAAAAGCCAAUCACGCGGCCACAACCUCAAAUGAGCGACAUGGCAACAGGGUCAUUCAUGAUGAGCCAAUGAUAUGCGAUUUAGGGAUGGGAGGUAAAACAAUACACGCAUUUGAGCAUGUCCAGGGCAACCAUUAUCGUCUUCAUCAUAAGGAUCCUGUUGGUGUUCAUGAUAAGGAAGCUAUGAUGAUUGAUAGUGGACCGGAUAAUCCUCAAUAG